AUGUAUUUCACAACUUAGAGCACUAGGAUGCCGGACUGUUUUUUAACAGUUCUGGCACAUUAAUAUAUAAGUUCCUACCUGAUCAGACAAUUCCGAAUUUUUGCAUUUAAAUUGCGAAAUUAUAUAGUUUGACAACAAGAUUAUAGAACACUUUUGGAGAUUGACAAAUAAAAUGCGAACGCUAUGUAAAUUUUAAUCUGUUUCGGUAAUCCUACAUAUUUAUUGGGAUUUGGGUUAUUCGGUAAUCCGGAACUCCCGAUCAAGGCUGUUGAUUUUUGUUUUGUUUUAAAAAUCGGCAUUAACGGACUUAUUUACAUUCGCUCACCAUUGCAGAUUGGAACCAUGAAAUAAGCAUUUAUCACAAAAAUUAUAGAGUUUUUGAUUAGUGAAUGUACUUUGCUUGUAUAGGCGAUUCAAAGUCAUUAAUACUCAGUGGGUAAACCCUACUUAAUUUCCAAGAUAUAGCGUGUUUUAUUGAUUCGUUUAGCACCACAGAUAAUUUUAGCACCACUGGGUAUUAAAAAAAAAUUUCGUGAGCAUACUGUAUAUCAAAAUAUUAAAAACUUGGGCUAUCCCAUUUUUGUUUGUAUCAAUUGUGCCUAUAACCGGUGAAGAAGUACAUUAUUAUUUAAUUGAAGAUUAUUUAAUUCUCUUUAAGAGUUUUAAAUAGAUAUAUUAAAACUUUAAAAUUAAAGUAUUUUUUGUUGGUUGGAUUUGACCACUCAUCUGUAAUCUUUCUAGUUUCUAUUCUCUUUUUUAAUACUUUUCCUAUUUUCUCUUUCUCUUCUCCAUUUACAAGAUUGGUUUUGGCGGUGGUUUUUACAGACCCUGUGUUUAAUGUGAGUUUUUCCUACCUUUUGUUGACAACACAACCUUGCGCUGAAUUAUAUUAGAUUGUGUACAUUACACAUUACUUACUGUUUAUUAUUAAGAAGAUACUGUUGUGGUUUUAUCCUGGUUGUGUCCCAAAGAACAAACAAAUUAACUGACUACAAUAUUAAUUUAGGCAAAGGGCAGGUUGAACUAUUAAUUGUUUCAGGAAUAGUUCUGAUCUCUCUAUAUGCAUUAUGAGGCCGUGAUCUUUGCGGUCUAGUUUGGACUCACUAGGUGUGCACUGUGUCCCGCAAUUUUAAUUCGAAAGUGCCGAUGUAUGAUAUUAUCAAAAUAAAGGUUCCAUCAGUGCAACGCAGAAUAAGUCCCUAUAAUUUGUUGAACUACUAUAUACUUAGUUUAAGUUUUCUUCUGCAUACUUUUGCGAAAUAAUGUUUCUCAGAGCAUAGAGAGAAUUAGGUACAAUUUUAUCUAAUCUAUCAAUUAAAAGUUGUUGUGCCUUGCAACAGCUUCUCCCCGUUGGUAUCUGAAAAUGCAACUUACUCAAAUACAAACAUAUUUGACACCACAAGGUAGAAAAUCAAUUCGUGCUGCAUUAUUUACUAAAACAUCAUAAAAUUGGCUGUUUUCUGCCACGUUAUUUUUUAGUGACUCAUAACUUGAAAUCGAAGAAUAGCCAAGGUCCUAGAUAAUUUUAAUAAAAUAAAAAUUAUACUAAUUUAUGAAUACGAAUUCGCAUUAUUCGAGCGCGAAUAAGAGGAGUGGCAGUUAUCGCCGAAACUCGAAAAUAUAUCGAACAUCGCUGAGGAAUUUGGACCAAAUGCAUAAACUUAUUCAAGGUUAUACCACUUUUACCAAUUUAUUUAGUACACGAUUAAAACGAGUGACAAAGAACUUUAUUAUUCCUCUUACAUUAAAGUGAGUUAACAGGCAAAAAUUGGUGGAAAAAAUCAUCAAUCAACGUCCCGACAAAAAAGAAAAACAAAUGUGACGAAGUCGUCGAAACAACUACUAAAUUGACUGACUUUCUUUAUGGUUAUUGACAUUCUCAAAACUUCUCUAUCCUACCCCAACUGUUCUACAACAUAUUUCCCCGUUUUGUUGUGUCAAAAUCAAACUAUGUAAUGUUUUACCUGCAGUGAAUGCGUAAAUGUAAAAUAGAUUUUGUAAUUUUUCAAUUAGUAAGUGUACCUCUGAUUUCUUGAUAUCAUUUCUAUUCAAAAUUUUUCUUGAGUACUUGGUAAAUCAUGUUUAGUAAGACGUCACUUCUGAUUUGAUAUGAAAUAGGUUUGGCUAUACUCGUUUCAUAGGUUUUAAUUUUCAAACAAAUCAUAAAACAUUUGGUUUUAAAAUUACUCAAAUUUAAACCAAGUCCAUAAAAUCGGAUUGGUAGUAAAUAACAUUUUUGUAUAUAUGUACAGAUGUACUAUUUCAAAGUUCCCAAGUGAGUUUCUUCUGCAAAAUACAUAUUUUUGUGGGACUAUGAAACACAAAAAUUUUAAAAUAUCACAUCCAAAUUUUCAGCAAAAAAAAUGACAAAACAAUUCUUUCGGGUCAACCAUCAUGAUUUCCAUUCGGAUACCAAAUUUUUUAAUAUUCCGUUAGCCGUUGAAAUGUUUGGAGAGAAAAAAAUUCCCCGUGUGUAAGUUGCGAGCAACCUGGUUACAGGCGUUAUUAACUCAAAUUGCGCAUAACGCAGGAGGCAAGUCUUUGCGGAGUAUUUCGAUCAGAGCACAUGUUCGGGGUUGAUUAGUUGCCGCCAAAACGUUCCCCCGAAGCGACCUGUUACGCUCUGCAAAUAGAGUCAAACGUAUCGCAAAUGAAGAGCCAGAGUCGGGUGGUGUGUUCUAAUAAAUCUCCGCGGGUUGUCGACAUGACAUCCAAUCAUUCGAAGAACCACGCCAAUAACAUAUCAGAAGGAGACGACUCCUCGCUACGGUCCUUGAGUUCAGAAGAUGUUUCCCAGGUAGCACCAAGAGGAUACUGUUGCGCGAAAUCCAUCAACCCCGCCGAUGGCAGAGGGCGAAAACUCCACCUACUCCAGAUGUUGGUACUGCCGUUUAUUCCCAUAAUGGCGCUGAUAGUUCAAACUUCUAUCAUGCUGAACGAUAUAGUGAUACUGAGGCGGGAGAGUAUGGAUAUCGAGAACCAGGUAACAGCUGCAACGGAGCUCGGAAAAGUAGUCACUAGAAUGCAAUUGGAAAGAUCGGAAGUGGCAUUUUUUGUCUACACGAAUGGGACCCACUAUCGGACAAAUCUUGAGCAAAGGUUUCAACUAACGAACGAGGCAUUGCAAAACAUGAGCUUCUGGCCUUUAACGCUACAUUUUGAAGACGGCAGGAAGGUAUAUUUAGAUAGAGAGACGUUUCUGAAGAACCUCACAACAUUCCGGCAAACGGUCAAGCAAUCCGAAGAAACUACUAUCACGGACGUCUUAUCGUGGUAUACUUCAGUUAAUUCGGCCAUGCUUGAACAGAUGACGCAACAAAUCAAGGAAACAGAUACCAGCGGCGUCUGGAGGUACUUGCUGGCAUUCAAAAAUUUAUUGAAAAGUAUAGAGAGUACAGGCGUGGCAAGUGUUUACGGGGUGAAUUAUUUUGGACAAGGCUUCUUGAAACGCCGAAACUACAUAAGUUACAUCCAACACGAUUCGAUAGCGCGGGACUUACUCAACACCUCGCUGAACUACGUCCCCAAACUCAAAAAAGAGUACCAGAUUUUGACCAUGACAAUGCACGAGUACGGCAACAUUAAGAAAAAUAAUGACAUUAUCAUCCGCAACGAACAGAUAAACGCAAAUUACACUUCGGCACUGAAUUAUUUUGAUUCGAUUGCCUUGUACAUCGACGAACUGAGGAAACUGCAGAGAUCAUUGAGAGUUACAAUUGGAGACUACGUCCACGAGAACUUGCAAGACGCUGCCCACCAAGAAGCGUUGGGCAUCGCGAUUCUGGUGGUAGUACUAGCCGUAUCGCCGGUCAUUAUAUGGCUGGUCCAUAACGCUGUGGCAACCAUUCAGCUAUACGCGGCAAACUUAUCUAAGAAGGCUAAGGAGCUGAAAAGGGAGAAGAGAAAAAGUGACCUCCUUCUCUUUCAAAUGUUACCUCCGAGUGUGGCGACUCAAUUGAAACAAACAAGGCAGGUUCCUGCUGAGUAUUACGCCUCUGUUACGGUCUAUUUCAGCGACAUAGUGGGGUUUACUGAGAUCGCCGCGAUAAGCACUCCACUGGAGGUAGUAACAUUUUUAAAUAAAAUUUACAAGCAGUUCGAUGCCAAAAUAGAAUGUUACGACGUCUAUAAAGUUGAAACUAUCGGCGAUUCUUACAUGGUCGCUUCAGGAUUACCCGUAAAAAACGGUAACAAGCACGUGGCGGAAAUUGCCAGCAUGGCUCUGGAUCUCUUGGCGGGAUCGAAACAUUUUAAGAUUCCUCACCGGAAAUCGGAAAAACUUCAAAUCAGAUCGGGUGCUCAUACUGGACCCGUGGUAGCAGGCAUAGUUGGUUCCAAAAUGCCCAGAUAUUGUUUAUUUGGUGAUACCGUCAAUACGGCAUCGAGAAUGGAAUCUACUGGCGAAGCGUCUAAAAUUCACAUAAGCUUAGAGAUGAAGAAAGCUUUGGAUGCCAUUGGUGGAUUUCGCACCGAAGAACGCGGAAUGGUUGAAGUGAAGGGAAAAGGUCUUAUGGAGACGUACUGGCUAACAUGCAAAGAGGGUGGAAUUCAUAGAAACGUGGAAAUAGAGGCGCCAUCUUAUUUUGCUGAGGAUGAAGAUAAUGAGCCAGUAUUUAUAAAAAGACUGAGAAAUGAAAAUUAUUUUUAAGAGUAAUGUCGGGAAGGCGACAGCAAAGAACAAUGCAAAUGAAUUUAAUGUCGAUUAAAUGUCACUUGGCGUUACGUCAAUAUCGUCGAUUUUAAUGUUUUAAGGCCUAAGCAAAAUUGUUAUAUUAACAAAAAUAUUAGGUGUCGUUGUUUUGAUGUUGAAAAGAUUUAUCUUACGUCACGUUAGCGGUUAGAAUAAGAUAUUUUUUGGUUUGUUUCGUUGUAAUUGGACCCAAAGUUUUACAUUGAAUCGAUACAAAGCCAGGGUAUUUGUAAAAUACUUCUGCCGCAACGUAGUAGCAUUAAUAUGUAACCUACUUAAAGAUGGCAAGGCUGUUUAGUAUAGCGAAUAUAUUUAUUAUACAUUGUCGAUAUA